AUGGUGUACAUAUGGAAUGUGGCAACUGAGGAGCCCCUAGUAGAAAUCAUGUUUCCUGAUAUAGUCUUGUGUGCCAGUUUCAACUACAAUGGAUCGAAAUUGGUUACCACAUGCAAAGAUCGACACACUCGAGUACUAAACCCGCGAACCGGAGACAUUAUUGUGGAAGGGAUCUGUCACCAGGGCACCAAACCACAAGAGGCGGUUUACAUCAAGGGAGAUCGCGUUUUCACUACUGGAUUCUCUCCAAUGAGCGAGCGACAAUUUGCUUUGUGGAAGGAUAGUGAUCUCAAAGAACCGAUGCAUAUUCAGGAGUUGGACACAAGCAAUGGUGUGCUCUUCCCUUUCUAUGAUCCAGAUACAAACCUGAUUUAUCUGUGUGGCAAGGGUGACAGUACAAUCCGUUAUUUCGAAAUCACAGAUGAAGAACCAUAUGUGUUCUACAUAAACAUGCUAACUAGUUCGGAUCCGCAACGGGGUAUGGGUUGGAUGCCCAAACGAGGUCUGGAUGUGAAUCAAAAUGAGAUCGCGCGGUUCUACAAGUUGCACACUAAAGGUUUAUGCGAAAUCUCACUCAAAGAAGGUUACGUCCCAAAAACACGCGCUAAAAACCGUGUCAGCAAGUUGUUGUCAAGUUCGCAACCCACUCGUGCUGGCCAGAAAUCUCCCAUUGGCGACACUUCACGGGCGACUACCAACGAUUCAGCCCGAGCACGUCCAACUUCCACCAGUACCACUGCCACCUCAGUCCCUUCCCGCGACACACACGGUUCUGCGGAACAGUCGUGUACCAGUGAUAAAUUGAUCAUGUUUCAUCAGCGUUACAUUUUGCCUUGUGCUCUCUCCGGUUUUUCAUCUCAGAACACCAACGGUACUCAUGUGCCCGCUCCUGACGGUAUCAAUCCAGCCGAUGNAGCCGAUGUGCAACAGCUGUUGGAUGAUAUGCGAAAAAUGAAAAUAAUUAUCAAGGGUCAUGAGCGGCGCAUCAAGUGCAUGGAAGAGCUCGUGAAAAUCAACGACGGGAACGCCUCGAAAGAUGUUGCCAAUUCGAAAUAA